AGAUAACAAUGAUUUCUAUCCUGACCGAACCCGUGCGAUAAACUCAGACAGCAGCUCCUACAACAAACUACAAAAAAAGGAACGCCGACAAGGACAACGAACAGUUCGGAACCCGUCUUCUAUUAUACCAUUUAUAUAUAUACGAGUUUCAACUGCAUCUACGCGCGCUGUUCACCUCUCCUUUCCACCGUGGCGCUCGUAGCCAACAUAAUUGUUGUGUCUGUUCUUCGUUAAAAACAUAUAUUCCUUUGUUUUUUUUUUUCUGAUUGCCAAGUGAAUCUUUUCCGGAGUACUCCGCACCCCCCUCCUCCCCCCACUGCAAACAUCGCACUUUCUUUUCUCCUUUCCUUUUGUUGGGUUUUUUUUUUUAGUACUUCGUUUCCUCAUCGAGCGCACCGCGAAAAGUGCGUGCAACGCGUCACAGUCAUCCUGUGCGUGUUGUCUCUUCGCGUCCUUCUUACCUCCCCCUCAUCUCUUACCUAUUUUGCAUUCUUUUUGUUAGGCCAAUUUCUUUGUUUGCUGUUGUUGUUUUACAGCGUUGAUGAACAGUGCUCGCGGCCCCACUGCCACGGCCGGUGGUGCGUCCACCGCGCGCAAGGCGACGCAUCAUCUCCCGCCCAUUAACAUGACGCACUUCGAAAACUUAGUCGCCGCCAGCGUCAUUCCUCCGCAGCAGCGGCAGCAGCAGCAGCCGUCAUCAUCGCGUUUUGCACCCCCGCCGUCGUUGCUGUCGUCUCCGCUGCUGCUGCAACGCAGUCCGCCACUCAGCUCUAUCUUGCCGGCAUCCACGCUGGACGCGAAGACGGCGCGCAAGCGGUCCAGCAAGGCGGCGACGCGGACGAAGACGAGCGGGCGGGACAGCUUGGUGAACGCGCCGCUCCCGGUGGGCGACCACCACGCCACGGCGGCCGCGAAGGGGCGGCAUCCGCCGUCGCCGGUGCUUGCGAAAAUCCAGAACAUCCACACCACCACCACCACCGCCGCCGCCGCAACAGCAACAACGAAGCAGCAGCCGAUGAUGUCUUCACCAUCGCCGUCGCUGUCGCUGUACGGCCCAUCGCCCCCAACCUCGGCGCGCUCGGCAUCGUUGUGGCGUCCGUGGGGGAUUCACUCGCCAGGCAGGGGGAACGGCGGCGGCAGCAGCAAUAACAGCAGCAAAGAACUGGCGCAUGUUUUCUCGCUGCCAAACUACCACCAGCAGCACCAGCCCAAUAACGGCAACAAUAGUGGUAGUGGUGGUGGUGCUUCGGAAACGGUGGCCCGCCGUGCCAAGUCGCAGUCCUCCUACAAGAGGGCAGGUGCGGCGAUGCAGCAGCAGUUGCGCGCCUUCAUGGCAGGGCAGAAGAGGAGUGCGAAGCCCAGCAGCAGCAACUCUGCCACCGAUGCCCCCACGUCUAACGAGAGGAAUGUGGAGCCCUACGUGGGACUGACGUCAGAGGAGAAGCAGGAGCUCUUCGUCCUUCUGCACGACCUGAGCAAAUUUCUGGCCCCCAGGUCGGAAGAAGCAGCGGCACGCAGGAUGACGCCUCUUUCGCCAGCUCCAACGGAAGAGGCGGCGACGGAGGCACCACCGCCUUCACUGGAAGCGCAUUCGAAAGCGACAGCGGGCAAUAAGGACUGUAACGACGUAGGGGUCAACGGCACGCCAACCGAAGCCACGAGCGCAGCCCAAACAGCGACGACACUCGCCGCUGCUGCCGUCCCGACAACCACCACGACCGUAACCGAAGCAUCCACCAACCACGCGCACAUGCAUGCAGCAGACCACCACGACGGCGGUGCGGAUGAACACGAUCACGACGAUAACGAUGACCACCACCACCAGCGCCGCGCCCUGCGUAAGCGCUCCGUCGAGGGCCGCUACAAGGAGGCGCUCAAGACCGUGGAGCACGCCGUGGGGGACUGCCAAAUGGCCCUGAAGCGCGUCGAGGAGUACUGCGCCUCGCUCUACACACUCGUCGAGACGUGGAUGGACCUGCACGAGCAGCGCUUCGAUGAGUUUGCCCGCACCGUGCUGCAGCGCAUGCUGGACGACAACCCGGCCUACCGUGUUUUGUUCUACGAUGUGGACCUCUCAACGCAGUCGCUGAUUAUUAUGGACAUGAUCGGCCGCGCCGUGGUGGCCUUUACGCGGCCGGCCGACCUGAUGGACAUCAUGGGAGAGAUGGGCGCCCGCCACAACCUCUACGGCCUGCGGGAGAGCCACUACGUUGCCAUGCGGAACGCGUUUCUGAAGGUGUACGCAGAGUUCGUGGGGCCGGCCACGUACAAGGAGUCGGUGGCCGUGUGGAAGAUGUUCUGGAAGACCACCAUUGAGCUGGCGGUGAGCGGGGCAAGCAGCGAGCGCGGGGAGAUCUACGCGCAGCGCCGCUUGUGUGUGUGGUCGGAGCGCAUCAAGGCCGUCUUCCGGCAUCUGAUCCCCCUGCAGUGCCGCGGCGGCUUUCACCGGCUACUGAAGACGGCGUACGGGGAGGCCGUGGCGAAGUACCCGGAGUUGGAGGUGUUUCAGCAGUUUGAGGACCUGCGCACGGCGCACCGCGCGAUGGAGGCCCUGAUUCGCAUCGUGAAGAGCGUCGCGGACGGCGGCGCGCCGGCCGCGAUCACCUACAGCGAUCAGCUCAGCAUCCAAAGCCUCUUCACGGAGUACGGCGCGGAGUUCAACGCGGACGUGAUGAAGAAGUUGGAGGAACCUUUCCUCGACGCCUGCGAAUCUUACAUGGCCUCGACCGGCAUGUGGAACGUGGUGGUGCGCGCGGUGCUGCAGGAGCUGUGGUCUGUGUACAUCACGGGGUAUUGGACGGCGCAGCCCGCUAGCGGUGAGCACGAGCGGCACGGUGGAAGCGCCCCUGACGGCAAGACGCCGUUCUGCUUGAUGUUUACAGACAUCGAGGCGAGCACGCGACUCUGGGACUCGGAUCCAAAAGUCAUGGGCGCUGCUGUGCGUCUGCACCACAAGCUUGUUCGUGGCCUAAUCGAAGACUUUGGCGGCUACGAGGUGAAGACGGUCGGUGACUCCUUCAUCAUCGCGGCGAACACUGUCACGCAGGCGCUGCACAUCGCCCUCGGGAUUCAGCUCGAGUUGAUGGCGGAGCCGAGCGCGCCGGACUUCCGCAUGGUCGACAGCCCGCAGGGUGCCGGCGACCCGGCGUGCUGGCGCGAGGACGCGCUGCGGGUGCGGGUGGGCGUGCACUACUGCGCCGACGCGUCGGCCGUGUACGACAGCGUGCACCGCCGCUUCGACUACUACGGGCCCAGCGUGAACUGCGCGGCGCGGGUGGAGGCGGCGGCGUGCGGGGGGCAGGUGCUGCUGAGCCACGAGGCGUACGCCCAGCUGCAGACGGAGGAGGACUUCGACCAGGUGCCGGUGAACAGCCUGUUCGCGGAGCACUUAGGGCAGCUGGUGCGCGCGCAGGAGGCCCGCGGCGUGGCGGUGACCGAUCCGCAGCUGGCCUACUUCGGCGCCGCGCUGAAGCGGGAGCAGAUGAAGUCGCGGAAGAGCGACUUCGGUAGCUCCCAGGACUCCGCCCACACCUUCACCACCGUCGCGGCGCUGACGCGUGUGACGGACAUUGGUUGCCGCGCGCUGAAGGGUAUCGCCGAGCCGGUGCAUCUCUACUCCGUCCUCCCGGUGGGGUUGGAGGGCCGCGUUUUCGCCGCUGCUGAGGAGGCCUCGCUGCGGACGCUGUCGAGCGGCGAGGACCUUUUGGGCUCGUCGGGGUUGAAGGAGUACGGACUGACGCCCCCCUCGGCGGACGACGCGCUGGUGAAUUGCUCGGCCUCGAAUUCGGCCUCGUCGCUGGCGCCGCCACCGGCGUCCCGGCGAGACACGAUGGUCAAAUUCCUGCCAACGACGGGUGUCUUCGGGUCUGGUAACGCGUAA